CCCAAUUCUGAGAACAUUAUGGAGUGGCAGCGCUUGACUUGGAAGGUAGAAGCUCUUCUAUCCUUGAGAAAUGCGAGGGAUCUCCUUGCUAGAGCAAUGAUAGCACUUUCUGUGCAGCCGACAGAGUCACAAAAGCAAUGUUGUUAUAGCCUCGACCCAGAUGGAAAUGAGGGAUUACUUUCUCCGUUUGGCAAGACACCAGUAAACCAAGUCGUGGAAGGAUCUGUACUGAAACUCCUAUCACCAGAGAACAAACACCACGCUGUUGAUAGUACUGGGGCCAUCGGUCUAGACUCCGACGCCCCAAAGUUGAACAUCCUAUUAGACGAUGCGAGUCCGCAACAUAAAUACCUCCGAACACUCAUUGCAGUCAUGAUCUUUAAACCUCACACCACCAUCAGAUUCCUGUGUCCAAAACCAAAGCCUAGCAUUCUAUUUCGUCCCUCAACCACCACCCACACUAAGUCAGCUCAAGCGGCUUUCUAUCGCCCUUACACCAGCAAACCAAAGUCCUCAGAUAUGGGCAAAUCAAUUCUCGUCGUCGGCCUCUCUUUCGGCCCCCCAGCCAAUGCCCCGGAAAACUCGCCCGUUCCCGGCCCCGACGCCAAAUUGAAGGAGGCUGUGGCUGCCAGCAUGAAAGCCGUUCGUGAAGCUGGAUACGACAUCACGGUAGUCCAAAUCGACCCGUCCAACGCAACCGCCGACAUCGACGGCGUGAAGGAGAAACUGAAAGCCGAGGAAUUCGACAUGUGCAUGAUUGGAUUUGGACUGCGUAGUAUCCCGGCCUACACGGGGAUUUUCGAGGACCUCGUCAAUGCGAGCAGGGAGAUCAGACCCGGUCUACGGUUGGGCUUCAACACUGGGCCAACGGACAUGGUGGAGAGUUUGAAACGAGGUGGACUCUAA